AUGUCGCCUUCGCCAUACCCCGCCUACGACAUCCACAAGGUCAUCCACGCGGCGCGCAACCCCACGCACGACCUAGUGAUGGUGUACGCGCACCGCGGGUCCCGGUCGCUGGGUCACAGCACGGAGAACAGCCUGGCCUCGGUCGCGGCUGCCGCUGCGGCAGGUUACGAGGGGAUCGAGAUCGACGUCCGGCUCACCAAGGACGGCCAGGUCGUCGUGUGGCAUGACCACGGGCUCGGGCGUAACUCGGACGUGUUGGUGCCUGCCGGCGAGGAGCAGUACAACCCGUUCACUGGCAGGGGGUGGUCGCCGCUCGUGAAGGACACCAACUGGUUCGGCGGGAUGGAGCACCUCCAUCUGCGCGACGAGAGCGGGUUCGUCACCGACGAGCGGCCCGUGCUGCUCAAGGAGCUCCUCGAGUUCAUGCGCGCCGAGGGCAUCACGAUGCUCGUCCACCUCGACGUCAAGGACCCGGCCGUGAUGCCGUACGCGUACGAGGUCAUCUCCAAGGCGGCCAAUGCAGCUGGCGUGCCGGCGAUGGAGUGGUGCGUCUGGGUGCCGAAGGGCAAGCUGUUCCCCACCCCGGCCGAGUGGGAGGCCCAGCCGUGGGUCCAGCAGGCGCUCGCCGCGGGGCAAGGCAUGGCCUUCACCCUGCUCCUCGAGGAGCCGGGCCACCAGGCCUUGGACUCGGUCAAGGCGUGGGCACAGUGUCCCUACCUGCUCACCUUCGAGAUCCACGUGCCCGUCCCCGGGGGCGAGUUCCAGCCCGAGCUCGACUAUGUGCGCGAGCACGGCUUCGGCGUCGGGUCAUGGUACAAGGGCGGCGACGUCGCGCGGCAGUACUACGACACAAGCAGCAAGUGGGACGUGGCAUGGGACGACUCGGCGUUCCGCGAGGGGAUUCUUGCGUCGGGGCCAGAGGUCAAGGUUAUGCUCUACGAGUUUGAGGGGCUCAAGAUGCACGGCGGCGUGCUGGGGGAGAAGCCGACGCGCGUGACCGACUCCCGGACGGAUCUGGACACGCUGUUGGAUACCCUCAAGUUCAGCUAUGUCGUCGCUGACCCGUUCACCGACUUGGGUGAGCGGUUGGCGGCGAUGGGGAGGCGUAACGUGUCGAGGAUGCUGGCGUAG